UUGGUCGCUGGGUGUAAUAGCGACCACUCGGGAGUUCGCGCACCUAAACCAUGGACACGUCAGAAGAAACGAUGUCUCCGCUAAAGGCAUUUCUACUAAGCUACUUUAUGCCAGAAAAAUGUUACGAACAUUUCUUUCACCAUCUUAACUUGACACACGUGCCGUGUCUCAAGAUCCUUCUGAGCAAGAUCAUGGGUUUGUGCAUCAUGGGAACGCUCGUGGCACCGUUGUCCCAGAUAUGGAGACUUUUGUGGGCUGGUAGCUCAGAGGGUCUCAGUCUGCUGUCUGCUCUAUUGGACCUGCUCGUCGUCUCUGUUCACGUGGCCUUGUGUAUCCACCUGAAAUUCCCCAUUGGGGCCUGGGGGGAGAGUCUGUUCAUACUGAUCCAGUAUGCUGUGGUGACUUUCCUCAUUCAGUACUACAGGGGAAACAGCAUCACAGCUGGGGUUCUGCUCGUGGCAUAUGGAGGCUUUAUGUACCUGCUGACUUCACCUUUGACCUCUCAGGCCAUGGUUAGGGCAGCACGGGAGUGGAAUGUUCUGAUCAUUAUUGCUAGCCGGUUGACUCAGGUGGCCUGUAACCAUAGCAGUGGAUAUACAGGGCAGCUAUCUGGAUUAUAUGUAUUCCUGAUGUUUUUGGGCUCUCUGGGGCAUAUGUUUAGCUCCAUACAGGAGACAGGUCAUUCUCUCCGCACUCAGGCCUGGCUUCUGGCUGUCAGCUGCUCUGGGCUGCUCCUGGCUCAGGUUCUGCUGUUUCACAACCAGCAGCCAGUUCCUGGAAAGAUAUACCAGCAGAAGAAACAAGAAAAAGAUGAAAAAAAGAAGAAGUAGAUAUUGUAUGUAGUGGACUUGUCCAGCAUACAAACACUAAAGCAGCUCCACAAUGCUGAAAACAUCAACAGAACACUGAUGCUAUAUGACACAGGCAGUACACAAGAACAUCAAGUCUUUAAUGAGGCUUGACUAGGUAUACUAUUAUGACAGUAUUACUACUGUAAUAGCUUAGACUGGGAACAGUCAAGAUGGGUUCAAAAUCCAUUUGUACAUCUUUGAAGACUUACUAAGUUGUUUUUAAACAGAGAGAGUUAAAUAUGGUCAUGAUUUCCAAACCAGGUGUGGGCAAUCAAACAGAUUCCUAAAAUAAAAUUGCUGCUGCAUCAGAGCUGGUUUAAAACUGCAUGUUUGAUUACAGUGUUGGACUGAACAUUGCUGUCCAUCUGAACUGAGGCUGAGAGCACUACUGAUGCAGAAGUCAAGUCUAAUACCAUGGAACUAAUUUUAAAGACGUACAAUUUCGUUUUCUUCAAAAAACUGUUCUCUUGUUGUGAGAGCUCUCUUAUUUAACCAAAUUCUUUAAAAUUAAAAGAGUCUAUGCAGCACUUGGUGCUGUAGGUUAUUUGAGAGUUUGCUUUUUUUAAGUAUAAGAAAUGGCCAUCAUUAAAAGUCUGUGAAGAACGAAAACUUCUCAAGAUGUAAUUCUCGAUGUUACCCCUAGAUGGCAAUAACGGGUUAUAUUUCCCCUGGCUUUUGUAUCCCUGACAGAUUCAGGAUUUCCUCCUCUCCAGUCCUCUGUGCAUAUUUAUACUGCCUAUCAAACCACAUCAGCUCUGCAGACUCAGUGAAGAUGUGAACAUUUAAGUCAAGCUGUGAUGAUGCAUCAUGUUUUGCUGUAGUGUGCCAUGGUCCCUGCUUCUCUUAGUGGGAGGUCUGGCCAGGUGUGUGUGUGUGUGUGUGUGUGUGUGUGUGUGUGUGUGUGUGUGUGUGUGUGUGUGUGUGUGUGUGUGUGUGUGUGUUUCCGGAGUGAUGAGGAUUUGCUCCAGUGCAUGAGGUAUAUGUGUGUUUCUGCUUAUCUAUGGUGUGUGUGUGGUGGGAGGGUUCAUAUAUAUCCCUGCCCAGAUUUGUAUCUAACUUGGGGUUUGUGGCAUCUUGCUUAUCUGCUUGUCUAGACUUAACUGCAAUCUUCCAUCUAAUCUGUUCUUCUGAGAGACACACUACAGCUGUUUUAGUGGCAGGCACGUCACGUGUAUAUCUACCACAUGUUUGUUUAAAAUAGUGUCUGUAAAUCAUUUAUGUCCUUGACGUUUGUAGUAUUUGUAUAUUUUUUGUUUUACAUGAAUAUUUGUGUGUAUAUGUGUGAAAUCUCUGUCAUCUCUGAUAAAUGGUUAUGUUUGAUAUCCACAUCA